AUGAGUUUUCAAGAACUCGUUACUUCUCUUGCUCAAAACCAAACCCAAUUUCAACAAGAGACCAAGAACACCUUCUCCAACAUUCAAGCACAAAUUGGAGACUUGGCCACUGCUCUCAACAAGAUAGAACAAAGAGUUUCAAGAGAAGAAGAAGAUGAGGUUAUUAUUGUUGAACAUUCAAAGGUUGUAGUUCCUCCAAAGGAACCGGUUAUUCCAAACAUUGAACAACCCGAAUCUUCCAACAAGACUAUCAAGCCAUUGGUCAUACCACCACCAUUUCCCUCCUGUGUCAUGCUAGAUCUUGGAGCCUCAAUCAAUGUCAUGCCAUACCCGUUUUUUCAAUCUCUCAAUGUUGGAUCUUUGGAAGAAACCGGAGUAAUCAUUCAAUUAGCGGACAAGUCAAGUGUAUUUCCAAGAGGAGUGUUGGAGGAUGUGCUAAUACAAGUUAAUCAACAAGUAUUUCUUGCGGACUUCUAUGUUAUUGACCUUGAAGAGAAUACUUCUUCCAGGUCAUCUAUGAUCCUCCUUGGAAGACCUUUCAUGAAUACCACUCACACGAUUAUUGAUGUCCAUAAUAGGAAGAUCACCAUGGAGUUUGAUAGAGAGACCAUUCACUUCAAUAUCUUUGAAGCAAUGAGGUACCCUAGCAACAUUUCUCCAUUGUAUCGGGCCGAUGUGAUUGAGCCAAUCACCAAAGAACUAUUUAAGUUAUCAUAUGGGGAUAUUUUGAAGAUGGUCCUCAACAUGAGUCUUGAUUAUGAGUGUUUGAAGAAAACAUUGGAAAGGUAUACAUUGGACUCCGAAGUUGAAGAUAUUGUGAAGACUUUAAAAGUUAACAAGUCAACAAGGAAAAAUGUCUCUCAAGUUGCCUUAUCUCAUUUUCUAAACAAGAUGCCCCCUUCCAUAAUCCACCCACCUACACUUGAAUUGAAAGUCUUACCUAGCUAUUUGAAGUAUGCUUAUCUAGGUAAAGAGGAAACUCUUCCGGUGAUCAUCUCCUCUCAAUUGAAAGAUUUUGAAGAAGACUAA